AUGAUUGGGGAGGAGCCUAGACCGAGUGACCCCACGCUGCAGGAAGAUUGGGACGAGCGCUCCUCGGCUGGCUACUAUUUGAUGUCGCAGAGUUUGGAGCUGAACCAGCGUCACCACGUCAUGCACCUGCUGCCGGAGGUUGAAUGCGGUCCGAAGGCGUGGACCGUGUUGAAGGAGCUGCACGCCCCGACCUCCGUUGUCGCAACGUUGAUGCUGGAGAGGGAGCUGUCCGCGUUGCGCCUGAGCGAGGGAGAGCCGGUGCAACCAGUCCUGGACAAGAUGCGCGACCUCUACGCGAAGUUGGCGACCGCGGGAAUCACCUACCCGGAGCAGACCAAGUGCUUGAAGAUGCUCUCGCUGCUGCCGGAAUCGUGGCUUCAAUUUACGAGCGGAUUGAGCCUGCCGCAGAACCAGAGCUUGUGGACGCUCGAGUGGGUGCGGACGAAGAUUCUGGAGGAGGACUUCCGUCGCCGCCAACUGAGGGGUGGAGACGACGGCAGCAGCGGCUACGGGAUGCAAGGGAGCCGACGUGGCAGAGGACGUGGCUUCGGUGGUGCUGGACGCGGUGCAAAGAAAGACGACGACUCCAACGACCAACAAGGAGGUACCGGUUGGGGUCGCGGUGCGAAAUCUGGACGUGGGGGCAAGUCGGGUGCUGGUGGCAAAAUGAAAGGGAGUUGCUGGUAUUGUGAGAAGGAAGGGCACCCCUGGUUUUUGUGCUAUAAGAAACCCGAUGGAUGGACCCCCCAGAAUCGUCACCAGGAUGGCGGCGCGCGGAGGAACCAGAAAAACGGCGCCAACAUGGUCGCUGAUUCGUCCGACAACAACCCGAAGGGCAACGGCGAGCUGCACCCCCUAGACUAUUGGGUGUUGGACACAGGCGCUGCUUGGACGAUGACGCCGCGCAAGGACCUGCUGGACGAAGUACGAGCUGCACCGAUCAAUGAAGUGUGCUCCGCCUCUGGACACAUGUUGAAGGUGGCUGGUGCGGGACGAGCUGCGUUUAAGGGAGCGGAUGGCAAGCCGGUGGUGCUGCACGACGUUCUCUUCGUCCCCGACCUGAAGGCCAACCUUAUCUCCCUCCGUAAGCUUGGCAAGGCUGGGGUGAACACCAACACGGAUGGGGCACGCACUUAUAAGGGGAAGCUGGGCAAUCGGGUGCUUUGGGAUCUGCACGAGAGCAAGGACGUGUACAGAUCUAUGUGGCAGCUGCCGGCCCUGGCGUGGCAUGGUGGGGGGCAGGCUGGAGAGGGGUCUGCAUCCCAGGGGGAGUGCAAUGCCGUUGGAGGGGUUGGUGUGAAAGUGUCGGCCAGAUCUGGGGAGACAGAUUGGGCAACGGCACACCGGCGCUUAGGGCAUGUGGCAAUGCCUUUGCUGAAGCAGCUGGAGAAGGAUGGAGCCGUUAAGGGUCUGAAGCUGAACGGACAGCCACCCGAUGACAACUGUGAAAUCUGUUUGCUUUCAAAGUUCAUCCGUUUCCCUUUCCAUAGUGUGGCUGGCAGGAGCAAGAAGCCUUUGAAGCUGGUCCACAUGGACUUGGUGGGGCCGCUGCCGGUGCAAGGGCACAAGGGGGAGCGGUAUUUUCUUACAAUUGUGGAUGACUGGAGCAGGCUGAUGUGGGCGUAUCCGCUGAAGCAGAAGGACCACGCCGCCUCCACGAUACGGGACGAUUGGCUGCCAUUCAUGGAGAAGCAGGCGGAGUGUGUAGUGAAGCGGAUUAGGACAGACCAGGGUGGUGAGUUCCUUGGAGCUGAAAUGACGGCCUGGCUCAAGAAGCAGGGCAUCCAGAGAGAGCUGACCACGGCUUAUACCCCACAGUCCAAUGGUGUAGCAGAACGGGCAAACCGGACCAUUCUGGAGACAGCUAGGGCGCUGCUCAUAGAAUCUGGGCUGAGCAAUUCUAUGUGGCCUCAUGCUGUCCGGCACGCCACUGUCGCUAGGAACAGGGUGCUCACCAAGGUUGGGGAUGACUCGUGGGUGCCGUUGGAGAGGUGGCUUGGGAGGAAGCCGCCGGUGGACAUGCUGAGGGUGUUCGGUUGCAUGGCAGUCGCCCACGUCCCCAAGACCUACCGCAGUAAGUUGGGGGCGAGUGCAAUCUGGUGUGUGCAUUUGGGGCUGGCUGCUGAGAGCAAGGGAUGGCUGCUGUGGGAACCAUCCAAGGGUGUGUUGUUUGACAGCAGGGAUGUGAAAUUCAUUGAGGGCAUGAUGUAUGGGAGCUGGGAGAAACAGCCGGAGGCAAGGGUGUCCCAGCAGAUGGAGCAGAUCACCAUGCAGCUGGACCUGACUCCUAGUGUGUGGGAGGAGGGAGAGGAGGCAGCUGCUGGAAAUGGUGAUGGAGAGAAGGUACAGGAGGCAUCUGCUGGUGGAGAAAAUGGUGUGGAAACUGGCGGCAGCACUAGUGGAGCUGCUGGACCCGAGGGAGGAGAGCAGCAGCAGGGGAAAACUAAGAAGCCGAAGGGUGUCGUUAUGAAGGGAUGGGAGACACCCGUCUCCAGGCCAGGACGUACCCGUAUGGCUACUAAGAAGCUGACUGCAGGAACUGAUGCAGCAGAGCAGCAGCUAGGGACCGAAGAGGCAUUGCUGAUUCUACCUCAUGGCUAUGACCCGGAUGAGGAGGAUGAGCCUGCGUACUGUUUUCUUGCCCCUGCACCAGAGGAACCAGCUAGCAUGGAAGAGGCAUUAGCUGGACCAGAUAGGGACAAGUGGCUGGCUUCUAGGGAUGCUGAGUACCAGAGUCUGCUGGAGAAUAGGACAUGGGAUCUGGUGGUGCUGCCUGAUGGGAAGAAAGCGAUACAAUGCAAGUGGGUGCUGAGGAUCAAGACCGAUGACAAGGGGCAGGUCACCAUCUACAAGAGUAGGCUGGUGGCGAAGGGGUUUAUGCAGAAGGAGAAGCAGGACUUCAACGAAAUCUUUGCUCCCACUGCCAAACCCCCUACCCUCCGUGUCUUGUUGGCAGAUGCAGCUGUUAGUGGGAAAUUCAUCAUUCAUAUGGAUAUUUCAACGGCAUUCCUGAAUGGGAUUUUAGAGGAGGAUGUGUACAUGACGCAGCCGCCUGGGUAUGAGGAUGGUACGGGCAGGGUGUGCAAGCUCAACAAGUCCAUCUACGGCUUGAAGCAGGCGCCACGCUGCUGGUACCAGAAGUUGGCAGCUGUUUUAGAGGAGAUGGGAUUCAGGACCAGCAGCUGUGAUGAGAGCCUCUUUCUCAAGGGCGAAGGGGAGAAGCUGGUGCUGUUUCUGGUCUAUGUGGACGACAUUCUUCUCUUCAGCAGCAGCAUGAAGGAGAUCCAGAAAGUGCAGCAGCAACUGAUGAAAAACUUCAAGUGCAAGAACCUUGGGGAGGUAAAGUACUACCUCGGGAUGCACGUGGAGAGGGAUCCAGAUCACAGGUGGUUGAAGCUGCACCAGGAGAAGUUCAUCAAGGAGCUGGGGGAGAAGUAUGGGAUUGAGAAUGAGCGCAAGGUUGCAACUCCCCUGCCAGCAGAAUUCAAGCUUGUGAAGGCUGCAGAGGAUGAAGGGGUUGAAGCUGAAGAGCAGCAGCAAUUUCAGUCCUUGGUGGGCAGCCUCUUGUACGCAGCAGUUCACACGAGGCCCGACAUCUCUUUCUCGGUUGGGCAGCUGGCUAGGGUGGUGCAGAAUCCAUCAGAGGAGCAGGUGGAUGCAGCUGAGCGUGUGGUGAAGUACCUGAACUCUCACCCAAGCAUUGGAGUUCAAUACUCCGCAUCUGCACAGGUGAAGCAGAAAGGGGUGGAGGUGCUGAAAGAGAAGGGGGAGAGGCUUGGAGAAGGCAAGCUAUUUCUCACUUGCUUUACCGAUGCUACAUGGGCUUCUGAGAAGGAGGAUACAUCUGCGUAG